AAUCAUUUUCAGAGCCAAAGUAUUUACGCCAUUUCCCGCGAGCUGGGAACUGUAGAUUGUGUUUACCGAGGGUACCGUACCGACAGCUUUUAUAAAUGAAAAAUGGAGUUUUUAAAAAAUAGUAAGCUAUGUAGAACUUAGCAAUACUUUCUUUUAUUAUAGUAUUAGGUCGAUCAAUUAGGAUUGAUUUUUUUACUCGAGUAUGUUGAACUUACAAAACCAAUGACACCGGUUUUUACCGAAAUACUGAAGCAUUUUGAUUGCUAUCUGCAUUAAACAACAAAUAUAUACAGCUGGCUUCAUAUAUCGUAAAAGAAUAUGUUCCUGUGAAACAUUAUUUGUGGUACCAUUUAUAUAUUUUCCUCCGUCUAGCAUAGCUAUUAUAGCAAGAAGGUCAUUUUUUCAGGACGACAAGCCUAUCAAAAUGAAUGAUCCAAUAGUAAUACCAGAUGACAGUCCUGCUUCUCGAAGAAAAAAAAAUAUAUCGAAUGCUGAAACUGAAAAUAAUGACUCUUUAUAUGAUUACAAAAUUACUGCACAUGAGAUUCUACGUUCUAUGACUGGGGAAUAUGAAGUCUUAGAGUUUUUAGGACGGGGUACUUUUGGUCAGGUGGUUAAAUGUUGGAAACGUCAUACGAAUGAGUUAGUUGCAGUUAAAAUAUCCAAAGACCAUCCAUCGUAUAAAAAACAGGCAGAAAUUGAAGUAAAUAUAUUAGGUUUGUUAAUGCAAGAAGACUCUGAAGAAUUUAAUUAUGUUCGAGCUAUAGAAUGUUUUUCCCAUCGGAAUCAUACUUGCGUUGUAUUCGAAAUGUUGCAGCAAAAUCUUUAUGAUUUUCUUCGCAAUACUAAAUUUAAGCCACUUGCUUUGAAAUAUGUUAGGCCUAUUCUUCAUCAGGUGGCAACAACAUUACUGAAACUGCAACACAUGAACUUGAUACAUUCUGACUUAAAGCCUGAGAAUAUUAUGUUAGUAGACCAAGAAAGGCAACCAUACAGAGUAAAGGUUGUUGACUUUGGUAGUGCUACUCAAACAGCCAAAGCUGUAGCAUCAAGUUAUCUUCAAAGUCGCUACUACAGGGCACCUGAAAUCAUACUUGGUUUACCAUUUGAUGAAGCUAUUGACAUGUGGUCACUUGGUUGUGUGGCUGCAGAAUUGUUUUUAGGUUGGCCAUUGUAUCCUGGUCCUAGUGAAUAUGACCAGAUAAGAUACAUAUCUCAAACAGAAGGGUUGCCCUCUCAACAUUUGCUACAAAAUGCAACACCCUCAAAACGGAAUCGCUAUUUUAAAAGAAUAAUUAAUGCAGCUGGGCAUCAUGAAUGGGUGCUAAAGAAUCCAGAAGAGUAUGAGUUUGAAUCCGGUAAAGCUAGGAAAGAAGAGGGAAGCCGAAGAUAUGUGUUUAACCGUUUAGAUGAUAUUGCAUCUCGGAAUUUCCCAAGUUCGCUAUCCAGUAACGAAAGCAUGGCUGAACGUGUAGAUAGAUCUGUUUUUGUGGAUUUGCUGAAAAAGAUGUUGGAGCUAGACCCUAAAAAGCGAAUUAAGCCUGCUGAUGUACUUCGACAUUCAUUUUUCACAUUCACUCAUUUAACACAAUUUUAUUAUUGUAAAAGUGUGCAGUCAGCUAUUCAUGUUAUGGACACCAUAGCUUAUUUGAAAGCACAAGCUAUUUCACAAAGAAAUGCCUCUCUUGUCCCUAUUGUAAAUCAAGUUGCAUGUAAUUAUGAGCAGAUGCCAAGCAGUCAUUACCAUCACUCUGUACCAGAUCACCACAUACCUGUUGCUGCAUAUCAAUAUCAUCAGCAUCCACAGGCAAGGGCUAUACCAACGUCUAUUGUAGAUGGACACAUGUACUACCCCGUUCGAGAAACUAUUCGUUCACAACGUCCACCACCACCUUCAACUAUUCCGAUGCCACCAACGUCCUGGCAAAAUGCAAUGGAUGAUGUCGGGUACAUGUCUGGAGAAGCAAGUCCAUUAAUGAACAGUCCAUUACAACAGAAUUCCUGGUUAAGGGCAGUAGAAACCCUUCCAAGGAAUGGAAAGUCUAGCGAUGUAAGCACAUCUCAUUGGAAUUCAUGGAACCCUGUUCCCUUCCCAAGGUGGCAGUUCCAUUUAAAUUCCAACACAAAGAGUCCCAGAAGUCACCACAAUGGUCAUUACCGCCAACAGCAAACUGUUCCAGGUUACCAUUACGAGAGUUGUGUUGCCAGAACACCCAUAUUUAUAAACGAUAGCCCAUGUUCUCCACGGAGUAUAAUAACUAUUUCUAGCUCUAGUGAUGAAGAUGAUGACAUGAGUUUUCAUCAAGACUCGCAGUUUAAACGAAGGCUUAGUAAAGACUUUCAUACUCUACCGUUGCUUCACCAGCAAAACUUUGUAUCUGCAAAUACACCCAGCCCGCUGCAUUCAAACAGUGAUGGCAAUCUAAACACUUAUCUUAAACACGAUAAUUCAUUAUUAAGCAUGCCUGACAGGCUAAGUCAAAAUGUACCAACUGCUUCGAAUUUAGUUUCAAUUGAUCAGAAUGGAGGUGUGGAAGAGAUUCGUUGCAAGCAGGAGUCGUGUCAAGUGGUACCAAUACAAAGUAGUCCAUGUCAAGAUUAUGCAGCUCCUAUGCAGUCUUUGAUGUCGAGAGCAAAUGCGUUCAGUCCUGUGGCUAUCGUAACCACGUCGAUUCCUACUACAUCUAUGCAAUUGUUUGCACCUUGUUUUAUUUCACAAUCAGGCUCGGUGCCACAAGCAGUAAUGUACUCGUCUGCACCAAUGCAUGACAACAAUGCUGCGCCAGCCCCACGUGAGCUCUGUGCUAAAAAUGAUUAUGCAGUACCACAAAAUGUUUGUUUGCGUAUUGCACAUGGCUUAGGACCAACCAAUCUUAAAUGUAAUAAUCGUUGUUGCGCACGCAACGUGCACGGAGGGUCACCAUUAAGAUACUUUCAUUCGUCGCAGGAAAUUCACGUUCCGUUUGCGCCCCCGACAAUUCAUCGACCUAACUUUCCUAUUCUUCCACCACAUCUAGAAGCUACAAAUGUUAUACCUACGUAUUCGUAUUUUAAUAGAUAAAACGUGCUUGGAUUGUAGCUAAAUAAUUUUAAAUCUUAUAAUUAUCUGAAAUGUCUUUGCGCGAGUUCUUGUAAUGUAGAGGACAUUUAUAAUCCGUUUCAUCAAUUGUGCAAACGCAUUCAAUAAACUUGUUUGUUACGCCAUUUUUCUUCGUAUUUUUUAGCCACGAGUAUGGAUUUGUUUUUUUUAUGAUGUCUUUAUUUUUUCUUCUUUUCUUUCUCUUCUAGUAUAGGGAGCUGUGGUGUUAGCAGAUGCUAACGCAAUUUCAAUAUGUACAUAAUAUAUAUAUAAAUAUAACUGUAUAUUAUAGUUAAUAUAGUUUAAAAUUAAAAUUACAAAAAAACGUAUUAAACUGGCUGGGUAUGGUAUAUUUCUCCUCAUCAUUAUUAUGAUACAAAAGUUAGUAUGCGAGUAGUAUUUUAAGUAGGUUUUAGAGCAUACUCUUUUUUAUGGUUUGAACGAGUUUUAAUGAAAGAGGUAAAUUUUAUUUUUUUACGCAUUUCGUAAUACAUAAUCCUUGCCAUUACUAUAUACAGGUACAGGAUUUGUUCAUUUUUAUAUCAGUGUGUUUUUAUUUAAUUAUUAUGGCUGAAUUUUCCUCUAUGUUUCUUUUUAUUAUUCGGAACUUAUUCUUCAAUACAGUUUUGACACGUAGCCCGGUCAGGCUGGUGUUUAAAAGGGUGAAGAGAGGGGAAUAAAAACGUUAAAAAAAGUUGUAGAAGAGGGAGAAAAUACUGAAAGCCAGGCUAUGGAAUGUCUUUAUCGUUAUGAAAAAAUGGCUGCCAUAAGCGUUUAAUUUAGCAUAAAUUACCAUACGGUAAUUUUUGCAGACCUGAAAUGUUUUUAUUUUACUUUUAUUUUUCUUCAGUUUUGAUUCAACCGUUGUUUAUUGAGUGGUUUUGAGUAACAGCUUUUUUCUGUGUUUAUCGGCGUCUUGAUCUUUUCUAUUGAAGUAUUUGCUAUGCAUUGAUGUUUACACGCGUGAAGUGUAAACAAAAACCGCAGGCAUGGUUUCUUUGUAGUACUUUUCAAUAAAUAGAAACCAUACUUGUUAAACUUCUUAAAUAUUGAACUAAUUUGAGUUCGACUGGUUUCUACAUAUGCGGUAUACAUAUACCGCAUAUGUACAAACCAGUCGAACCAGUCGUCGAAUGGUAUUUUCUUGUGUAAAAGUAUCUUUUGCUUAUUUAAUUAGUGGUAUAACUUGUAGCCUUGUGGAAAUGUAUUUUAAUAUGUUAUAAAGGGUGGUGUAUACCUUACAUAUAA